UGUUGGUAUUACGUUGGCGUCGUGCUAUAACCCAACCAAAUUUAGAAUGAUAUUUCUAUGAAGUUGUCUUGUGGAAGUAGAUGUCUAUCAAAAUUAAGGUGGUUAUAUCGUUUGUUUAUGUUUAUGCGGAAAGUAGGUAUCUAGAAAUCAUUUUAUUUUUGAUUUGCUCGCUUUUUUAAUAUAACCUAGUGUUAUAAAAAUGAAGACAAGCCAGUCGCAAUUUGAUUUGAUGGUGACAUUUAUGGAGCAGCAUGGAGACCUUAGCAAACCAUCUGCGAAUGCAAGAGGUAGAAUCUCCCGUUUAAGCAAGUGGGAAGAACUUGCUCACUUGCUAAACAGUGAUGAUAGUGGUGACACUAAAACUUCUGAGAAAUGGAAGAAAGUAUGGAGUGAUUUUAAAAAUAACACAAAAAAAAAGGCUGCUCGUCUGCAUAGAGCAGCUAGUGGGACUGCUGCUACGUAUUGCAAGCUGACAGAUUUAGAGCAAAGAGUUCUAAAUCUGACCGGUGUGCAAGUAGCAACGAGCUUGGCAGUGGGAGAGGCUGGUUUGUCACAGGAGAUUCCUAAUGAGCCAGACUCUAUGAAUGUUGAGCAAGGUACUCCAUCAUUACUUACACAGCAAUUCAUAGAAUUUCCACUUACAUCAGAGGUGGUAAUAAAAACGAUUGCCGAACCAGUGCCACCAUCACAGACGAGGGCCAUGUCCUCUCCGCCUCUUGGCUUUAUAGAGGAAAAAGUUCAAAGAUCUCAACCUUGGAAUGAGCUGGGGCCAUCAGCUUCAUAUACUGCAGCGGUACCACCUCAAGCAAGGCCUGCAACUCCACUUUUUACAUUUGUGGAGUCACAAGUAGAAGAUCCAGGCAUGCGCUCUCCAACUAGGCCCUCUACUCAUGUCCACGAUGUUCGGCCAGGGCCUGCUCUAUCUGGGCAAACUACACCUCCCCGAGGAAUUCAAAGGAAAAAAGUGAGGCCAGCACACACAAAGCAGGCAGCCCAACAAUUUCUCCAAGCUGAAAAGUUUUGGAGAAAAUUUAAAAUCAAACAACAUAGGGACUACAUGGACAUGAGAAGAGAGCAAAAUAGAAUUAGGGAGAUGGAAGUGCAGGCUCAGAGGGAGUGGCAGAAAGUAGGUUUAAGAGCUUUAGAAAUAUUAGAUAAGUUAGCAAAUAAGUUUUGUAAAGAUUAAUUUGGAUUUGUUAUUUAGUUAAUAAGAUUAGUUAGUUUGUUUGAUUAGAUUAGCAUAGAUAAAAAAAAAUUAUAAGGUUUACAUGCUUUAUUCACAUGCUUAUAUACUCUUUGGCUUUAUGUAGCAUGCAUUCACAGCGUAUAUAAUUUUUCGGGUUCUGUACCUCAAAAGGAAAAAAGUAACCCUUAUUGGAUCACAUCAUUGUCUGUCUGUCUGUCAGCAAAACC